GUAUUUACCAGGGUGGUGUGUGGAAGGUCAGGGUUGAACUCACAGAAGCUUACCCCUACAAAUCCCCUUCCAUUGGGUUCACCAACAAGAUCUACCACCCCAAUGUCGAUGAGAUGUCUGGUUCUGUCUGCUUGGAUGUGAUCAACCAGACAUGGAGCCCGAUGUUUGACCUUGUGAAUAUCUUUGAGGUGUUCCUGCCCCAGCUUCUCCUGUACCCGAACCCCUCGGACCCCUUGAACGGCGAGGCGGCUUCGCUCAUGAUGCGCGACAAGAAUGCCUAUGAAAAUAAAGUCAAAGAAUAUUGUGAGAGAUAUGCCAAGCCUGAAGAUAUAUCCCCAGAGGAGGAAGAGGAGGAGAGUGAUGAGGAGCUGAGCGACGCCGAGGGCUACGACUCCGGCGACGAGGCCAUCAUGGGCCACGCAGACCCUUAACUGGUGGAUGGAUGCAAGGAUGGUUAGCUCAGUCAGUAACUCAGUAAUGCAGGUGAUCAUGAUGUAUCUCUGUCUGUCAGUCUGUACAUAGCUGCGGCGAUCACUGAUGAAUGCCGCCAUGGCAGAUGCUGAAGAAAGUCAUCAGCCAUCUCAACUCAGCUCCACUAGUUCUUGUGUGUCGUCGUCGCUGUGAAUAACUUGCCAUUUGUUUGUGUUGGUUCCAUUUGCAGUUCAUGUUUCCAUUCUUCAA